CAUGGCUAAAAGUGUGAAUCCCAUCCAGGAUCUUUGUGAGGAAGCUGAAUGUCCCAUCUGCUUGGACUAUUUCAAGGAUCCAGUGAUCACAGAGUGUGGACACAAUUUCUGCCUGUCCUGCAUUACUCCAUGCUGGGAGGAGUCGGAGAAGGAGGCCUCCUGCCCCCAGUGCAGAGAAAAGAUCCAGAAAAUAUAUGUGAAACCAAAUCGUAAGCUGGCAAGUUUUGUGGAAAUAGCCAAAAAUCUUAGCCAUCAGAGGCCAAAAGGGGAAGAAGGAAAGAGGGGAGUCUGUGAAAAACACCAGGAGCCCCUGAAGCUGUUUUGUAAAAAGGAGGAAAUCCUCAUCUGUGUGGUGUGUGACAGGUCCAAGGAGCAUCGAGAUCAUGAGGUGGUUCCUAUGGAGGAGGCUGUCAAGGAAUAUAAGGAUGUGAUCAUCAGUCGCUGSGAGCAUCUGACAUUGAAAAUUCUGGUGCAGAAAGAUGUCACAGAAUCAGACAACCAAGAUCUGAUUAAGCAAAUAAAAAUGGAGAAAGAAAGGACAAUGACAGAAUUCAGGCUAUUUCAUCAGUUUCUGGAAGAACAGGAGAAGUCUUUUCUGACCCGGAUGGAGGAAGUAGAGAAGGAGAUUGGAAGAUUAAGGGAGGAGCGUAUGGCUAAAUUAUCAUCUCUUGAAAAUCUUUAUGCAGAGAUGGAAGAGAAGCUUCAUCAGCCACCGUUGGAACUCCUGAAGGAUGUGAGAAGCAUUCUGCAGAGGAGUGAGAACGAGGCCACACUUCCGGAUCCAAUAGAUUUCCUUCCUGAACUAAAAUGGAAAAUAUGGGACUUGGGCGAUAUUAGACUAUUUCUUUCUGGCACCAUGAAGAAAUUCAAAGAUAUUGUGCUGUCUGAACUCCCACUGCAAAAAGGAAAUAUAACUCUGGAUCCAGACACUGCUCACCCCCAGCUCACUCUGUCUGAAGAUCUUAGAAGUGUGGCUCUGGGAGACAAACAUCAAUCCCUGCCUUACAAUGAAAAGAGAUUCGGGACAUAUUCUUGUGCUCUAGGCCGUGAAGGAUUCACAGCAGGCAGAUAUUUCUGGGAAGUCACUGUUGAAAAUGAUGAAAAACACUGGAUGAUAGGAGUUACCAGAGAGUCUGUACAAAGAACGGGAGUCCUUGUCUAUGGUCCUGAGAGAGGGAUCUGGGCUGUAGGAAAGUGGAGAGGUCGCUUUGUGGCUAUCAGGACUCAUUGUCAUCAUAAUUUGUUUUCAAAUAGGAAUCUCAAGAAAAUCCGAGUGUCUCUGAACUAUCCUGGAGGCCAGGUUGCCUUUCAUAAUGGUGAUACAGGGGACCAUCUCUAUACAUUUUCUGAGGCUUCAUUCAGGGGAGAGACUCUCUUUCCCUUCUUUUAUGUACUGGGAAAAAGCCACCUGAGAAUCUCUCCUUAAAACCGCCCAGCAAGCCAAAGUCAUAAGCCUUCCUCUUUAGGUCACUGUGACGAAAUCAAAGAUUUGUGGCCCUUUACUCCCUUCUUCAAGAUUAUCCAGACAAGGGAGCCCCCAGUGGCGCAAUGGGUUAAGCCCUUGUGCCAAUAGGACUGCUGACUGACAGGUCAGUGGUUCAAAUCCAGGGAGAGCAGGUUGAGCUCCCUCUGUCAGCUCCAGCUCCACAUGCGAGGACAUUAGAGAAGCCUCCCAUAAGGAUGGUAAAAACAUCAAAACAUCCAGGUGUCCUUGGGCAACCUCCUUGCAGAUGGCCAAUUCUCUCACACCAGAAGUGACUUGCAGUUUCCCAAGUCAUUCCUGACACACACACACA